AUGGCGUCUAUACCAAUCAUUAUCAAACAUUCAGGCAAACGCCACGAAGUCGAGCUCGAUCCUACGUCUACCGGCGAAACAUUGAAAUACCAGCUAUUCUCUCUAACUGGUGUCGAGCCAGAUCGUCAAAAGGUGCUCAUUAAAGGUGGCCAGCUCAAGGAUGACACCCCACUGUCUGCCCUUAAUGCCAAGCCAGGGCAGACUUUUAUGAUGAUGGGUACACCUGGCCAGGGAAGUGAAAGUCUCGGUCGACCCAAGGAGGCAGUGAAGUUUCUGGAGGACAUGACUGAAGCUGAGGUGGCACAACAAGCGGGCGCUACCCCAGCUGGUCUGCAGAACCUAGGCAAUACGUGCUAUUUGAAUUCUACUCUCCAAACCUUGCGGGGCAUUCCAGAGCUGCAAGAGGAACUCCAGAAGUACCGUCCUAGCAACAGCUCUGGUCAGUCUGGUCUCUCUGACCUCAGCAACUUUGGCCUCGGUGGGUUGGACAGCACUCGGGACCUGGCAGCAUCCCUGCGAGAUCUGUUCAGACAGAUGUCCAAGACGCAGGAAGGUAUUCCGCCACUGAUGUUCUUGCAAGCCCUCCGAACUGUAUUUCCUCAAUUCGCCCAGCGAGACCGUAAUGGCCACGGCUAUGCGCAGCAAGAUGCCGAGGAAGCAUGGUCGCAAAUCCUCAACCAGCUGCGGAGCAAAGUGACAAUCACUGAUGAAAAUGGGGGUUCCACUUCCCAGAUCUCUUUUGUUGACAAGUAUCUGGCGGGUCAGUUUGAGUCCGUCAUCAAGUGUGAUGAUCCUGCAGUGAUUGAGGUUGACGAAGAACCCAUCGAGUCCUCUGACAUUUUCUUCAAGCUGGACUGUCACAUUGGCAAAGAGACCAAUCACCUCGCUGAUGGAAUCAUGGCCGGAUUGGAGGAGCAAAUUGAGAAGCAGUCCCCAACUCUCGAGCGCAAUGCCUUGUACACGAAAAAGUCACGCAUUGCUCGGUUGCCAAAGUAUCUUACUGUGCACUUCGUUCGUUUCUUCUGGAAGCGUGAGACUCAGAAGAAGGCCAAGAUCAUGCGAAAAGUGACAUUCCCCGCUGAAUUAGAUGUGGUGGAAUUUUGCACCGAACAGCUUCAGAAGCAGCUUGUACCUGUCCGCGACAAAGUUCGAGAGAUCCGCAAGGAUGAGCUCGACGUUGAUCGUUCCCGCAAGCGCCAGAUGCUGUCUCAGCAGCGUGAGGAGAAGCAAAAGAACAACGAAAGCGAGGCUGGUGAAAGCUUGGAGCCCAUGCAAAAGAAGAAGGCGGCUUCAGAGAACAAGGGCAAGGCCAGUGACAAGGACGGAGAUACCACUAUGGAAGAAGAAACCUUCAAGACUGACGCUGAGCACGAAGCUGAGAAGCUUGCUGCCAUAAAGGUCGCGAAACAGGAGCUAUAUGACUUGGUCAAACAGAACGGCUCUGAUGACAGUGGAACAAACCAGUCCGGCCUAUACGAACUCCGUGGCGUCAUUACACAUCAAGGGGCCAGUGCGGAUAGUGGUCACUACACCGCAUAUGUUAAGCAGGAUUCAAAGUCAGAUGACGCUCAAACUGGUAGCAAGCGCCGGGAGGGUGACGACAGCAAGUGGUGGUGGUUUAACGAUGACAAGGUGACCGAGGUGGAAGCCGAGAAGAUCGAAACCCUUGCGGGUGGUGGUGAAACUCACUCUGCUCUGAUCUUACUGUAUCGUGCCAUUGACCUACCUAAGCUCGAUUGA